AUGAACCAGAGGAACCAGCCCCCCCCUCCCACCAACGGCAUCGGUCGUCCUCGCGCCGCCGCCGCCGCUGCGGCCAUCCGCCCCAACCUGUUCCGCAGCCAGCUGACGCGUCGGCCGACGGGCACGGGCGGCUCCCACAGCACCACCAGCCCGGCCGACGCGGCGCGUCUCCAGGUCGAGGUUCUGUCCGACUCGUCAGAGAUCGUGGUGCGCAAUCAGCACGGCGAGAUUGAGCUGGGGGAUCCGCCUACGCCGGGCCUCGACGCCGCCGACGAGCAGGCCGACGACGAUCGGCACGACGAGAGCGAGAAAGAGCGGCAGCGGCUAGCAGACGCCGUGAAGCAUCACAGCAUAAAUCACAGCUCUCUGCCGGAUCAACCAGAAGAACUCCUUGAAGAAGUACGAGCUAGUUUGAGGGCCAAAGUCGCUGCUCUUGCCGAGGACAACUGGAUGUUUGAGCCAGAGGACCAGCUCCAGUGA